AUGGCGCCGCGCCCCCCGCUGCCGCUGCUGCUGCUCGCCGCGACCUUCCUGAUCGCGCGCUGGAGCUCGGCGCUCGCGCAGAAUGUCAAUGACUCGCCCGUGCUGGACGUGGAGCCCGAGGUCUCAUGCGAGGCGGCCACCGAUUGCCUCGCGCAGGGACUCGAGCACAGCACGUGCCGCGCCGGCGUCUGCGUGGACGACGCGCUGUUCCCGCUGUCGCGCGAGGAGAUCGCCGGCUCGAUCAGUGCCUUCUUGGCCAGCGUCGUGGCCGCCGGCUCCGGGCUGGGCGGUGGUGGCCUGCUCGUGCCGCUGUACAUUAUGACCAUGUCCAUGUCUUCGCACGAGGCUGUGCCGCUGUCCAAGGCCACGAUCUUCGGCGGGGCCAUCGCGAGCUUCCUGCUGAACGUGAGGAAGCGGCACCCGCUGGUUCGCAGCCGCCCGUUGAUCGACUACGAGACGAUCUUGCUCAUGGAGCCCAUGACGCUGGCCGGCACCAUCAUCGGCGUCAACAUGAACGCCGUCUUCCCCGAGUGGCUCAUUACCUUGUGCAUCGUGUGGCUGCUGACCAAGACGGCCUUGCGCACGUACAGCAAAGGCAAGACGAUCUGGAAGGAGGAGGCGGACGCGGACACGAAGAUCGUGAGCGAUAUCGUGGCGUACUGGCGGUUGCUUCCCUACGAGUCCAACUUCAAGCAGUUCCGGGCUGUAGCGCGGGCCUACCUCAAGUGGAAAUCCUACAAGUCGCCGGAGAAGGAGGAGCUCCGACUCAAGAUCUUGGCUGGCAAGGCCAGCAGUGAGGAGGACCACAGCUCUUCGAACAGCACAGAGGCGAGCACCGAGGAGGAAGCUAGCAGUGAUGAGAACGAGAGCGAGUCUCUGAUGAGCUGGGGUCUGCAGGACAAGAAGCGGCCGGUGAAGUUUCUCUCCGUGGAGGAGAUUGCCAAGGCACGACGCACAGUCCCGAUGGCGGACAUGGGAGUGCUGUUUCUGACGUGGGUCGGCCUUGUGCUGUUUUCGAUGGCAAAAGGCGGCCAUGGCACACCCAGUGUCAUCGGUCUUUCGUGCGGAUCCUUCGGCUAUUGGUCCCUGAUUGUCGUCUCGUUCCCAUUCUUCAUGGGCGUGACGAUCUACUUCGGCAUGAAGAUCAGUCGGUUCCAUGCGAUGCUGCAGGCUUCCGACUAUACGUACGCCAAGGGCGACAUGGUCUGGACCAAGCAUGCGGUGAUCAAGUACCCGGCGCUGUGCACUGCGGCUGGUGUAGCUGCCGGCCUGCUGGGCAUUGGCGGCGGCAUGGUCAAGGGCCCACUGCUGCUGGAGAUGGGGCUGAUCCCACAAGUAUCUUCUGCCACCUCGUCGUCCAUGAUCCUGUUCACGUCCUCCGCGACCACGAUCCAGUUUAUCAUCCUGGGCACGCUGUCGGUGGAGCACGCGCUGUGGCACGGCACGGUCGGCUUCAUCGCCGGCCUCAUCGGCCAGCUGGGCAUGUCGUACUUGAUCAAGAAGUACCGCAAGUCGGCGCUUGUGAUCUUCCUCAUUGCCAUCUUCAUCGGAGUCAGCGGCGGCGUCAUGGGCGUGCUGGGCGUGGCGCGCAUCUCCGAGAUCGGCUUCGGAGGCUUCCGCUCGCUCUGCCUGAGCUAA